UAACUGAAGCGGUUGAAGGCGAGUGUGAGUUCCGCGAUCACGACUACGAAGCAUGGAGCCCUGGCUAAAGGUUUCCUGCAUAUUGUGUGUGUUCGGAUUCGUGCGCGAAUUGCGACCUUCGGAGCCGUACCACACCGAAUUCCUGCUGGGGGAUACAUUCAAUGUGACUCAGGAUCAGCUGAAUCGCGACGUAUAUCCCAUUGCCACAUAUUCGUACCUCGCACUCCUCAUUGUGGUUUUUCUUGUUACGGAUUUUCUCAGAUACAAGCCUGUUAUUAUAGCAAAUGCCAUUACCGGCACUUUUAUCUGGGGCUUAUUGCUCUUCUGCUCGACUGUGUGGAGUCUACAGAUUGUGGAGGUCUUCUAUGGGUUCUAUCAGGCCGCUGAGGUGGCCUAUUACUCCUAUAUAUAUGCCAAGGUCGAUAAGAAAUAUUAUCCAAUUGUCACUUCGCACACCCGAGCGGCAAUGUUCGCUGGAAAACUAGUAGCGGGUCUGUCGGCACAAGCCCUAAUUAUGUGGAAACUGAUGAACUACAGAGGGCUCGUGUAUAUAUCAAUGGCCUGUAAGAUUGUGCCAAAUGGAGUCUUAGUUUUGGAUAUUACAAAAUGUUUGUCUUUUCAUUCAGCUCAAGUGUUAGCCAUGUGCUGGGCCUUCUUCUUGCCCCGAGUGCAGCUAAGCUUGUAUUUCCACCAGAAAACCCCACAGGCCUCUAACGAAUUGCAGGGGCAUGUAAAUAUGGCAGUGUCCGAAACCACAGCCCCAUCAGAGGCCUCCCUAUCGAAGGGGUCAGAAUCAACUGCCAAGUCUAGUAUCCAACCAUUACAACUUCUGUGGCUGCACUUUCGUAGUGCCUACACAAAUCCUAUGGUCGUCCAGUGGAGUCUGUGGUAUGCGGUGGCCCUGGCCGGUUAUCUGCAAGCUACCUCGUACAUCCAAGUGCUUUGGAAGUCUUUCGAGAACGAACCAUCUAUCGUCUGGAAUGGGGCUGUGGACGCUGCCUUUACCGCCCUGGCCGCCGGUUUCGCUUUAAUGGCGGGCUAUCUUCAUGCCGGUCGCUUGAAAUCGAGAACCAGCCUUAUAGCUCUGGCGGUAUUUGCGUUACUGGAAGGCGGCUGCAUAUUGUUGGCCUGCUGGCCCAAGAACAUAUAUCUCUCGUAUGUGGGCUACACGCUCUUUGGCGGCCUCUUUGGAUUCACCAUCACCGUCGCUAGCGCUGAAUUGGCACAAAGUCUGGUCGAGGAUAGUUUUGCUCUGAUCUUUGGCAUUAAUACACUCGUGGCCCUGAUACUACAAACGGUUCUCACCCUUCUGGUAAUCUCAGGUCUACAGCUGGGCCCAAUUGAACAGUUUGUAGUUUAUGGAUUUUAUUUCAUUGCCAUAGGUUCCAUAUUUUUUAUAGUGGUUGCUAUUCAAUACGUAUUGGGUGUGAAGCGAAAUACAAAUACACAUAAAAUAGAAGUAGAAGGGUAAACUUUCAAGGUAGAUAGGGAUUACAUAGUUCGAAUUAGAAAUGAUUAACAAUUUAGACAUACGCUGUGUAUAAUAUUUUGUAUAAUACUAUUUUUAAAAUGUUUUUUACUAUUCAUCGAAUAGAGUUUAAAAGAUUUGAUAUGUUUAAAUAUUAAGAUGAACUAAAAAUAUUCUCAAUUUCCCUUUUGGA